AUGUCGAACCAGGCUGUCGGAACUGUUUACCAGACCAUCAUUGAUGAGGUGGUGAACAGUUCGCGAGUGGAUUUUGAAGAGAGCGGCGUGGAAGAGAGUGUUCUAGAGGAGUUGCGUCAGGGAUGGCAACAAAAGCUUUCCCAGCUUGAUGUGGCCCGGUUCCCUUGGGAUCCCAAGCCUGAGCCGCCACCUCCUGCUCCAGCACCCGCAGCUCAACAGGCUGCUCCUCAGAACAACACAACACAAGCCCAAUUCUCCCCAACCAUUUCAUUGCCGACUGCAGGCAGCACACCCGGCGCAAUUGGUCAAAACGGCAUCAAAACCGAGCCCGGAUAUGUGAAACAAGAGCCAGGCAUCAAGCAAGAGCCCGGUGCGGGCGGCUCUAUGCCGGCACUGCCAAACUACAAUAGUCUGGAUAACAAGACCAGCGUAGCGGCCAGCAGAGCAGCCCAACAGCUUCAGGCCCAGUAUGGCAUCCGAGCCGCAGGCUCCAUCAAUGCCAUCCAGGGACAGCAGCAACAGCAGCAAGGUCAACAGCCUGCCGCUGGCUCGUCAACCCUAUCCAACGGGCAAACCGACGGUCCCGGUGACGAUGAGGAAGACUACGAAGGUAUUUUGAUGCAAAGAAAUGCCGAAGGCACCCUCAAUGAGCUUGGUCGCGUCGAAAUUGACCGCAUGCUUCACUCCCAAAUGGCCGCCAGGGCCAAGGCCAUGGAAGGCGGUGGUCUUAUGCUUCCCUUGAAAGAAGCAACCCAACACACAGUCACGAGUAGAUCCUCAAGAAAGGGCAAGGGAGUUGCUGGCUAUGACGGGGGUGAUGAUGAUGAUGACGAAAUCGACGACGAAGAUGCCAUCAAUUCUGAUCUCGACGAUCCAGAGGAUGAGAAUGAUGAUGACGAGGUGGACGAUGAAGGACUGGGCCACAUUAUGCUAUGCAUGUACGACAAGGUCCAACGGGUCAAGAACAAGUGGAAAUGCACCCUGAAGGACGGCGUGCUCACUGUCAAUGGCAAGGAAUACGUCUUUCACAAGGCCACGGGCGAGUAUGAGUGGUAA